ACUUAAGAAGUUGUAAUGAGGGAAGCCAACAAUCCUGGAGGCAACCUGAUCUGUACAAUAAGUCUCCUGGUAGCUCUGACUACAGUACAGGAUCAACUCUCCUGUUGCAUUCAGCUGCUAACAAACUGGAACAAGCACACGCUGAGAUAUGUUCACUGCAUCAGGAUACUGGAAUUGGGUCAGAAUCAAUUCAUAUUGAAGAGCAAAAGGAUGUUGGCGAAUGUGAGAAUGGGGUUAUUUCUGGUGCAACUCCAAAGCAAGGGAUUUUCAUGUGUUGUGAUGAACAACCAAACAAUGAUGGAGUUGUUUGUGUCUCAUCAAGUACAGACUUUGGUUCCCCUCUUCAAGUAACCCCAGUGUUCAGAUCAUUAGCAGCCGGAAUUCCUAGCCCCAAAUUUUCGGAAAGUGUAAGUUAUCCUAA